CUGUUUUGAAGCGUAAAAACUACAGAAAAAUCGCGUGAAAUGUGUUAAGUACUUCUUUUGAUGUCCUUUUCUGUGAAUAUACUACCUGCAGCAGCGAAAGGGGACCUCCGGUGAUAUUGUGAUUGUGAUAUUAACUCCGAAAUCAGUGAAAAACGACCGAGAAGGCCACCGGGCAAUUCCGGAGUGGUUUAUUGAUUUUCCAUUUCAGCUGGCGGUGCCCGAAAACAAUGUCCGAUAACGGUGGCGGUCGGACGAAAGAGAUUUGCGAGGAACCACCGAUGUCCCGGUUGUUCAUCAUCUGUGGCAAACAUAUCACGAAGGAUCAGCUCAUCAAACACUUUGAAACGGACGGUACGAUCGAGGAGUGUGUUGUGAUAACGGACCGGAGAACGGGCCGCGGGAAGGGAGUCGCGUAUGUCAAGUUCACGAAAACGUCCUCCGCUGCACGGGGGCUACGCAAGAAUGCCACCAUCAUCGAGGGAGACACACGCCCGAUUAAAGUGAUGAUAUCGGCGAGCUACAACCGAGAUAAGAACAGCAGCACGGUGCUGGAUGUGAAUGAGAACCACUUUCUGCGAUUGUUUGCCAUUGUUCCGAGUAGCCGGACCGAGGAUCAGCUGCGGGAUGAGUUCAGUCCGUACGGUACCGUGACCCAGGUGCGGCUUGUACCGGAUAAGAAGAACGAUAAACAGUGUGCGGCGUACAUCAAGUUCGCUUCCUUCCUCGAGACGGCCACUGCGAUCGAAAGCUGUAAUCCACAGUAUAAGGCCAAGUUUUGCAUUCCACGGAGCAAUCUGCAGCAAGAGCGGGAUAAUGGGAAGCCUGGUGGACAUGAGGGAGGCGAGCAGGUAAACAGGAAGCGUUCCCAUUCUCCAGAGCGAGGUACGGUAGCGAGGCCAGGUGAUUCGAAGCUGGUCGUGAUAUGCAGCAAUCAGCUGAAUCAGGAUCGCAUCUGGCGUCUGUUCGAUAUCUGCCCCGGGAUGAAGUACUGCACCAUCAUGUCUGCCAGUACGGUCUUUCACGCUGCACCGAUGUAUUUCUCCCAUUUAAUGCCUCUAUUGCUUACAGAUGAACUGAACCUAACGGCCACCGUGGUCUACUCGUCGCGUGAAGAAGCACAGCGGGCAAUGGAAAAGAUCCACGGACUAGAGUAUCCACUCGGUGAACGAAUGAUCGUACGAUUCGAAGAGGAGUUUAAGGAAGAAAUCAUCGCCAAAGAUGCACUCGCACAGCUCGGUCCACCGAAACCGCUCGUAUCGGAGCUAGUCGCUUGUGUGAAGAAAGCAUUCUUCAUCUGCAUGCCAGAAGCGAUCUCCGUCAAGUUGCUCACCGACGCGUUCUGUCGCUUUGGUGAUCUCAUUAAGGUGUACCUAGUGCCCGGUAAGCGGCAUGGUUAUGCCGAGUUUGCCAGUGAUAUCGGCGCCAAUCGUGCCAUCCAGCAGCUGCACGGUAUGCAUCUCGGUGACUGUUGGCUGAAGGUACUGGAGUGUGCCGAGUAUGCUGGUGAGCAUAAGCGCAACAAGGUGGAGCACUAAACCCGAAGGUGGUAAGUCCUCCACAGCCUGCACUCGUUACAGCAUUUGUCUUUGUUUCUUGUGUUGUUGAUGACCAGCGGAUGACCUCAAUCGGGGUGAUGAUGCUGGAGUUUUGUGUUCCCGUUUUGUUGCAUUUCAGCUGCUGGUCGACAACUAGUGGUGACCGUGGGUCAUGGUAGCAAGAUUCUGUAGAGUUCGCAUCCGUAGCAGCGCGAUGCGAUGUGUACAGUACUAAUACACUCACUGCAUUCCAUUUGCAGGCUCCUCAAAAAGCACACCAGAAAGCAGGGAAAGCCUUUAUUGAACACGAAUGAACUGCGAAAUGAAUCAGAGAAUUGUGAAUCACGCCUUGGACUGUAGAACCCGUACGAUGAUGAUGAUGAUGAUGAUGGAAAUUACAUACUCUAGUCCCCUCUU